UCACGGGACGCUCCACGUGUGCUUGUUUACAGUGAGGAGCAGAGAUUGUGAAACUGUUCCUGGAUUGAGUUUCACUGCUGCUCUUCAUAUUUAGAUCUUCAUCAGAGUCAGUGAGAAUCACCAGCACACGAUAUUACACUGAAGAAUGUUCCAGAUGGUUCAGUUCUUAGUUCCCUCGGGGUCUAAGAGACCCAGUAACAUCAGCCUAUCUCCCCCGACCGGACAGAACCGGACUCAGAGCGCUUCCAAUGAGUUUCUACAACACGUCCGGAGAGUCAGCGGUCUGAAACAGCAGGACGUGUUUUAUAACCUGCGUGUCCCAAACCAGUGUGAGAGCGACAGAGACGAGAUCAACCUGCUGCUGCUCACAGGUCACGGAGUGUUCUGCAUCGAUCUGAAGACGUGGAGCGGCUCAGUUUCGGUUGCGAGCGAGGUCAGAGCGGAGCAGCAGAACUUCACCAGUGUCUCCAUCCAGCAGCUGCCCGACGCUCUUCAGGCCAUUACAGUGAAAACCAGCAACCUGCACAGUCACAUGAAGCGCUGCGGGCUGAGCCUCCGACCCAGUCUCUUCAUUCCCAGAGUGCUGUUCUUGUCUGCGGAUGGUGUGCUGAGCGAGGAUCUGCUGCAGAAGGAGCAGCUGCUGUCCUGCACAGAUGUGGAGCCGUUCCUGCGCUCGCUGCGCUCGGGAUACAUGUCCUGGCUCUCCGACGCCUUCACGCCGUCCUGGAUCUCAGGUCACCUGUCGUACGGGCAGAUGCGGGCGGUGCGGGAGCGGCUGGAGCUCUUGGGCACCUGGGAUGUGCUGCAGAUGAGCAGCGGUCAGGAGAUCGCCGGAGACUUCCAGGGCUGCCAGCAUCUCGCCCUCAACCGACAGGAAACAGAGCUGCUGGAGUUCAGCAGAACAGGAAGUGUGAUCACUGACACGCUGUGGAGCCUGCUGGGACACACGCCACAGGUCGCUGUCUCUAUGUAUAAGCGAGGAGCGCAGGGGUGGCUGGGUAAACCGCUGAUCGCCACGGCAACCAUCCCCUCCAGCACACGCGUGAUCUUCCGCAUCCGAGGAGAAGCAACGGACGCCAAGAUCCCGGCCGGAAGCAUCCGCUCCAUCACACUGAGCAUCUGAUCCCAACACUGACGCUUUAUUCACUCAGCAAUCAUUCAUUCCAUGUGCUCGAUAGCAGUGAGUAUUAUUCAGAGUAUCGUCACUACUGACACCACUAAUGUCUUUAUCACACGAAUGAACAAGUUUAAAUAUUUCAAAUGUGCUUUAUAUCUUUUUAAUGACAGAAAAUGAUUUAGUGCAGCUUUAAUAUUUGAUAAUUGCUGAGAAAUGUUUUGCCUUUCUAAUCAAACAGUAGCCUGUAUUGUGAACAGAUUUUAAGUUCCAGUCUAUUAAAUCUUCAUGGUAAUUUUUAAAAUGUACUAAUUUCUUUAAAGUGACCUAAAACUCUGAACAUUGAAAGGAUCCUAGUUGGUAUUGUCAUUCUAUGAACAUUUCUUGGCCUUGUUAGUGAGAAUAUUCAGAUGAUGAAGAUAUUUUGAUCUGUUUAAGCCUCAAUAACAUUUUUCUAAUCUCAGUUUUGAGUUAAUUUGAAAUGAGUGAUAUUUCAUGCAAUAAAAUACUUAUUUCUGUCUCA